UUCAUUGCCACCUAUUCAUCAUGCAUCUCUUCAAACUCACGCUCUACAUAGGUUGUCUUUGCACGCAGCACGCUCUUCUUCUUCCUUUCACUUGCCUUUCUCUUUCGGCUUUUCCUUCUGCUCUGCUCAGUAGAUGCUGCAUGGUGAAGCACUAUGGACAUUUUCAACAUGUAAUGCUGGAGGAGGAAGAGCUUUCAUUUUACUAAUAAAUGGCGUUGAUUUUGGAGCUAUUGGCCAACAUAAUACUCUUGGUGACGAAGCCUUUCUCUCUCCUUAAUCUGGCAUUGUGGUUUGGUAUCAAAAUCGCAUUAACUGUCAUAUAUACUUGGACGGAGUUGAUCAGGACUACUAUCAGCGUCUAUGUAAACAUAGUAUUAAGUGUUAUCACAUGGACAUGUGGGCUUAUUUCCCUGCCUGCAAGAGCAGUGAAUGUCUUUCAAAAGGAGAGGCAGCUAGAACAAAAACUGCAUGAAAUGCAGAUAGAGCUGGAGAAUCUGGUGAGGGAGAAGAGAGAACUUCAAGAACAUUUUCAAAUGGCUGUCAAAGAGCGCAGAAUGGUGGAGAUACUAUUGGCAGAGAUUGAAGAGGAGCAUGAUAUGGCCAUUACAAAAAUUGAAAAGUUAGAGGGAAAGUUGCGGGAUCAGAGAAAUGAAAAUCUUCGGCUGAAAGAAAUUCGAGAAAAGGGCUCCAGAGAUCAAAACAAAAGUGAGAAAUUCAAGAAGAUUUCCCUUCAAGAUCUUCUAACGAGCAAAGAUAUUGGGGAAGAUGAGAGCAAAACCAGAAGUGAGUUGCUUAAACUCUUGAAAACCGGUUCAAAGUCAGGGUCAGUUAAUCCCGAAAUGAUCUCAAAGGAUGUAGAAACGAUGGAAACACUAGCACUGGACCAUCAUCGAGACAUUGCUCUGUCACAAUCACUUUUCACUGCCCUUAUGUCACUUGUGGUUGGAGUCACUGUGUGGGAAGCUGAGGAUCCUUGCAUGCCUCUUGUGGUGGCUCUCUUUGCCGUAGUAGGCAUGUCCUUGAAGAGUGUGGUGCAGUUUUUCUCCUCCAUUAGAAACAAACCUGCAUCUGAUGUUGUUGCACUUUUAAGUUUCAAUUUGUUUAUUCUUGGCACUCUAUGCUACCCUACCUUACCUAAGGUUGUUCGCAUGCUGGCACCACUAGUUUUGCGUCCUAUGGAUCAACCAUAACCAUGAUCCGGUUUGAUCUCUUUUUCUUUAGCUACAUCUUGCUGCUUCUUUUCUUUUCUGUUGUAUGAUAUCAUGUGCAGUGUAAUCUGAAUUUUAAGUUUUUUUACUGCUUGUACAAUAUGAGGAAUGUCUGUUA